GUACGUUCCGUUAUGAGGAAUUGUAUUGAGUAGUGAAAAAAGUUUUUAUGUGAAUAAAUUCGACCAGUUCUUUGAUGUUUAAACUUAAGUUUGAAAAGUGUAAAUAUUCAGUUGGAAGUGCAAGUGAUAAUUGUAUAAGUGUACGAUUAAUUAAGGCAGUUAAAAUUAAUUAAUGUACAAUAAGUAGGAAAAAUGGCACAAGAAAAUAGUAACUCUACAUUGGAGAUGGGGACCAGUGACCAGGUACUGGUUGCGACGAAAAAGAAGAAAACAUUAACGUAUAUAAUUGGCUUCAUCGCGAUGGUGGCUGUGAUAGCGGUUGUGAUAACUCUAGUUGUUGUCCUCUCUGGAAAUGAGGCGGGUCCAUCGGAACCUAUUGUAUCGACAACUGAAGGUCCAACAUCGCCAUUAGAUCCAUCCACAACAACGACGACAACAACAACAACAACAACACCGCCUGUAGACCCAACAACAACAACGUUAGAUCCAUCUACAACAACAACAACGACGACGACAACAACCGAAGGACCAAUAACUGCACCGCCAGAUACGUUACCAAUAGAUCUAGAGGAUAUAAUUAAUGGAGUAUUCGCAGCGCCAUCUUUCAAUGGUACUUGGACAACAGCUAAUGAUGUACUCUUCCGAAACCUUAACGGCGACCUGGUGUUGUACCAUGUGGAUGCUGACGACACGACCGUUCUUAUUUCGAAUUCAUCACAGAUUCUUCAGCAAUCAUCAAGAGUAACCGCGCUGUCGUCCGAUAGUUCUCAUGUGGUGCUGUCUUAUAACGUUGUUCCUGUGUAUAGAUACAGUUUCCUGGGGCGCUAUGCCGCAGUCAAUAUCUCUUCUGGCCAAGCUAUUGAUAUAGUGCCACCUGGUGUCCGUCCUGAAGAAGCAUUCCUACAGAACUUCGUGUGGGGUCCUUCGGGAACAUCCCUAGCGUUCGUUUACCGCAAUAAUAUUUACUACCAAGCUUCAUUGGACAGUCAACCACAGCAAAUCACAAACAACGGAGAAGUUAAUGUUAUUUAUAAUGGUAUACCGGAUUGGGUUUAUGAAGAGGAGGUGUUCGUAUCUAACAACGCGCUGUGGUUCGCCCGCGACGGCAGCAAGCUGGCGUACGCAACGUUUGACGACACCAACGUGCGCGUCAUGAAAGUGCCGCACUUCGGCGUGCCCGGAUCCGUCGACUAUCAAUACACGCAGCACCAUGAGAUCAGAUAUCCGAAGCCGGGCACCACUAAUCCAACCGUACGAGUGACGCUACGUGACAUUGCAUCAGGAACGGAGACAGUGUACAAUGCACCCACUGACUUGAACGAGCCUAUUUUGAAGACCGUUAACUUCGUCGACAACGACAAAAUUGCUUUGAUGUGGACAAACCGUGCUCAGACUUCGCUGCAAGUUGAACUUUGCAUGCAAAACGAGACCUCAUGCUCUAGGAUCUACCAAUAUUCGGAACCUAAUGGUUGGAUUGAUAACAUUCCUAUCUUCUUCAACGAAGCCGGUAACUCGUUUAUAACCAUCCUACCUCAGUCUGUUAACGGUACUCUAUACAAGCAAAUAGUACAAGUAUCAGAUGUGAACGCCAACCAGUGGACGGGCACCGGCCGCACCAACACGCCGCACACUGUCAUCGAAAUUCUAUUGUGGACCAACAAUGAUGUUGUUUGGUACAAAGCUACCCAUGUGGACGACUCAGCGGAGCAGCACAUCUACACAGUGAACGCAGCACGUGAGGUGACGUGCUUCACGUGCAGCAUAGCGCGCGCGGAUGGCGGGCAGUGCCUCUACAACGACGCUUUCAUCAGCGCCGACACAUCACGAGUGGCCAUCAACUGCGCCGGUCCUAGUCUGCCCCAGAUAUUUAUUUACGACGUGAACGGUACAAUGCUCAAAACGUGGGACGACAACGCGGAGACAUCUGCUCUGCUGACGGACCGUCAGUUGCCGGUCACGCUGAGAAUGAGCGUGCCUGUCGCGGCUGGAUUCCCCGAGGCCGACGUACAAAUACAAGCGCCGUCCGACUACCUUUCACGCACAAAUGUUCCUUUAUUAGUUUACGUGUACGGUGGUCCCGACACUGCGUUAGUGACGAAGCAAUGGACGCUGGACUGGGGCACAUCCCUCGUCAACAGGUGGGGUAUCGCGGUAGCGCACAUCGACGGCCGCGGCUCCGGUCUGCGGGGCAUCGACAACAUGUUUGCUAUCAACCGACGAUUGGGAACUGACGAGAUUGAUGAUCAGGUUUCCGUCACAAGGACACUCCAUCAGACGCUACCGUGGCUGGACAGCAACCGGACUUGCAUCUGGGGCUGGUCGUAUGGCGGGUACGCGGCUUCCCUGGCGUUGGCGCGUGGCGCUGAUGUCUUCCGUUGUGCCGCCGCCGUAGCGCCCGUCGUCGACUGGAGAUUCUAUGAUACAAUUUAUACCGAAAGAUACAUGGACACGCCACAGAAUAAUCCUCAAGCUUACCUUAAUUCAUCACUUCUCACCCCAGAAGUGGUGUCAGCGUACCGCAGCAAGCGCUAUUUCCUGAUUCACGGUACGGCGGACGACAACGUGCACUACCAGCACGCUAUGCUCAUCUCCCGUCUGCUGCAGCGCGAGGAUGUCUACUUCACGCAAAUGAGCUACACUGACGAAGAUCACGGAUUGGUCGGUGUCAGACCGCAUCUUUAUCACGCGUUAGAGAAAUUCUUACAAGAAAACAUGCUGUAAAAAUACAGCAGAAAUUAAAAGAUCAAAUCAGUGCUAAUAUCAAUUAUAAAAAUCUUUAAAUAUAUACGUAAUUAAAAUAAUUGUCAAUACGUCUACUUGAAGACGAGUCUUUUACUUUGAUGACAUGAUGUUUUGUGGUACAAAUUACUUAUCGACAAUUUAUAGUAUAAGACUAUGUUACUUGUGAAAAUACAUAUUUUAUUAUUUAAGAGUUGUGUGGAUGUCAUAUGUCAUGUAGUUAUAACAAAUGUCUUUGUAAGAUAUAUUUGAUUAAUGACCGUUUUCACUGGCCGUAGGCAAUCGCAUUAGUACCUCAGUAUUAUGAACUUGAUUCUUGCGCAAAAAUUAGUGAAAACGGGAGUUACAACGUUACUUAAUUGUUGCCAAAUCGAAGCAGUACGUUACAGGGUUGAUUAUUCGUUUAAAUAUUUAUGUUCAUCGCGACUUAUGCAAUAAAUACAACUACAAGACGUUGUAAGAUGGCCAAGAGUUUUAUGUAAAUAUUUUUUCUAGAUAUUUUAAGUGACAAAUAUCUUAAUAAAUUUGUUU